AAGAGGGCGUCCGAGAGCCACAGUGGGUGAACUCGGAAGUUAGACCCACGUGAAGGAUGUUUGAAUUAUUUUGGUGGAGUGCUCAAAGGACAGAGCUCGAUCUGUCAGAAAAGAUUGCUUUGAUUUGGCUGGUGAUGUGGUCAGAAGGAGAAAAAGAAGAAGUCUGGUGAUGUUGACAGCUCGUUGACGUCAUGCCAACAACAGACAGAAAGAAGCGGAGAAAAGGCAGCGACACUGCGGUGCAGGGAACCAACGACAGCAGCGUGGUGAGCAAGGCUUCAGCUGCAGCUCAGGGCUACUUCAGGGACCCUUUCAUCCAACACUUUUUGUGUAAAGUAGCCCGUAGAGCCCCACUCAUCAACAGGGGUUACUUUGUGCGCUCGAGAGCUGUGGACCACUGUGUGAGGCAGUUUCUUCGCAUCACUGCGAAAUGCUCUAAAAGACAGAUUCUGUCGCUGGGUGCUGGCUUCGACUCUCUGUACUUCCGCCUCCAUGCAGAGGGAGUUCUGGAUGGGACCACUGUUUUCGAGGUGGAUUUUCCUGAUGUCGCACAGCGCAAAGCUGCUCUGGUCGCUUGCAAUGUAACACUGAGAGGGAUGUUGGACUCCACCCUGCCUCCUCACUCAGGGCCCAUUUACAUAUCCAGCAGCCAGUACCGCAUGUUAGGGGUGGAUGUUAGGGGGGAGUCCCAGGUGGAGGAGGCUCUGGGCGCAGCUGGUCUGGACUGGACUGCUCCCACCCUAAUCCUCUCUGAAGUGGUGCUCACCUACAUGGAGACCCAAUGGUCAGACGCUGUGAUCAGCUGGGCAGCAAAGCUCCUGCCGCAGUCCCUCUUUGUGAUAUACGAGCAGAUCCAGCCAGAGGAUCCUUUCGGCCGUGUCAUGCAGGACCAUUUCCUGAAGCUCAAUUCAGCUCUGCAUGCCCUGCAGCAGUACCCAGAUCUCUCAGCACAGAGACGCAGGUUCCUGGACAAGGGCUGGGAUCACUGUGUGUGUCUGGAUAUGAAUGAUUUCUAUUUGGGCCUGCUCUCCCAGGAGGAGCGGGACAGAAUGGAAAGCCUGGAACCGUUUGAUGAGCAUGAGGAAUGGCAUGGGAAGUGCUCCCACUAUUUCAUCCUGACUGCAUCUCGAGGGGCUUUGAUGGAACAAGCUCUGCUCCCUCAGGCCUCAGUGUCUCCAGUGCCGUCCAUCGGUCCGAGCUGGACCUCCACACGCCUGAAUGUGCGCACAGUUCCAGUUUGUUUGGAGGGCUUAGGGUUGGCCUCUAACUGGAUAAGGCCAGAGGUGGUCCUGCUAACUGGAGGGUCUAGCAGAGGAGGCAGGAUGACAGAAACCAGAUCCCUUAUCAGAGGUCAGGAGGGUUGGAGGUCCAUCGGUGUUGAAGCAUCAGCAGAUCUGGGUGUGCGACUUUAUCAUACCAUUACCUGCCUCCCUGGAGGAGGAGCGGUGGUGUAUGGUGGCCGCUCCUCACCACUCAGACCCACCUGUGACCUUUUUAAAGUAAAAUUUGACCCAAGUGGUCCACCAUCUGCUGCCCAGUCACAGUGUCCAGAUGCAGAGAAGCUUCGUGUGGAGCCAAUAAACUGUACGGGAAAUCCCCCUCCACCAAGAUGGAGACACACUGCUGCAGUGGUCAGUCACAGAGGCAGAGACUUCCUGUUUGUGUUUGGUGGGAAGAACCAAUCAGAAUCUGUUCUGGGUGACAGCAGCUUCCUGAGUCUGGACCAGCGGCACUGGACUGAGAUUCCAGUGGAGGGCGCAGCACCAGCGGCUCGUCAUUCUCAUUCAGCUUGUUCAUAUCAAGGAGGCGUUGUUGUGUUUGGAGGACUGAGCCGAGAGGGGGUGCCUCUGGGCGACACGAGCCUUCUGAUGCCGACAGAAAGAGGCUUCCAUUGGGAGAGAAUAGCUGUGCAGCCCCCUCCUGUUCCCAGAUAUUCUCACUGUGCCCAUGUGGUUGGUGAUCGGUUGGUUGUGGUGGGCGGAGUCUGGAUGCAUUCAGAUGGAGUUCCCGGCGUUGUCAUCAUCAGCCUCACCAUGUGUAGCAGCAUGGAGUUCAGACUGGACACGAGCUCAGUUCCAUGGCCUCUGAUGCUCCACUCAUUCUGCUCCGAGCUGAUGGACACCGGAGAGCCAGAGCUGCUCCUGAUUGGAGGGGGUGGAAACUGUUUCUCCUUUGGGACUCAUUUGAACCCUCAGCCGGUCUCUGUGGAUCUCAGGCCUGCGCUGGGCUGAGGCGGCAUAUCAUCCGGACCAACAGCCUAAUGACUUUCACAUCUCCUAUCAUGUAUUUUGAAUAGUUCCAACAAAUGUGUUAAAUCCUGAUACGUUUGUCAUUUUCACAGUUUGUUUCAAAACAGGAUCUUUAAUCUUUUACUCUCAGCCCUGGUUUGGGACAGAGUUAAGUUAUAUACAGGGGUUGGACAAUGAAACUGAAACACCUGGUUUUAGACCACAAUAAUUUAUUAGUAUGGUGUAGGGCCUCCUUUUGCGGCCAAUACAGCGUCAAUUCGUCUUGGGAAUGACAUAUAC